UGCUACUAUCUGAUCCAAACUCGAGAGACUGAUUUUUCUUCAAAGUGGCUGGUCCAGAUUUGAUACCCUGUAUAACUUACAAGUUUCUCUUAGAUGUUUUAUUAGUUCGGACGAUAUUUCGUUGUAUUUUUGCAAACUUAGCUCCGUUAUCUUCCGUGACAGUGGGAACAAUAAUCCUCGACGUUGACGUGGUCAGUUGGCGUGUCCCGACUCGGAGUGACGGCUGUGCAGUCCUAUGAUUCCUGCUAAACAUUUUUUUAUUUGUUGCACUGGCCCCCUUUUUUCUAACAAACUAUAACGCUAACUUUAGUUAAAACCAAUUACACCUCCGUUGGAAGUUGAAGACAAAGCCGGAGCUCAAGAUGUCGGUAGCGGGCUUCAAGAAGCAGUUUUAUAAAGCCAGCCAGCUGGUCAGUGAGAAAGUCGGAGGUGCAGAAGGAACCAAACUAGAUGAUGACUUCAGAGACUUGGAACGGAAAGUAGAUGUGACCAGUAAAGCAGUAGUGGAGGUAAUCUCCAAAACAUCAGAGUACCUUCAGCCCAACCCAGCAUCACGGGCCAAACUGUCCAUGUUGAACACCAUGUCGAAGAUCCGCGGCCAGGUGAAGAACCCGGGCUACCCCCAGGCCGAGGGGCUGCUCGGGGAGUGUAUGGGCAAGUAUGGACGGGAUCUCGGAGAGGACACUAACUUUGGUAAGGUGUGUGUGUGUUCUGUGUAUGUGCUGAUUUUGUGUGUAUGUGUGUGUGCGCAGAUAGAGCAGGUGAGCCAGCUCUCCUCCCUGGUGGAGUCCCAGCUGCAGUACCACAGGCAGGCGGUGCAGGUGCUGGAGGAGCUUUCUGACAAACUCAGAGACAGGAUGAGUGAUGCUCAGUCUCGCCCAAGACGUGAAUACACACCUAAACCCAAACCUAUCUAUGAUUUCGGAGAAGACAACCAUUCAAAUGGCGGAUUCUCCACUUCAAUGGCCCCCCCACCUUCCCGCAAUUCAGCCCCCGAGCAGCCGAGCUGUAAGGCGCUGUACGACUUUGAUCCAGAGAACGAGGGAGAGCUGGGGUUCCGAGAGGGCGAUAUCAUCACCCUGACCAAUCAGAUCGACGAGAACUGGUACGAGGGCAUGCUGAACAACCAGUCGGGAUUCUUCCCUCUCAACUACGUCGACGUCCUCGUCCCGUUGCCACACUAAUCUGACGCGAGAUAAGGAGGAGACUGAUGAAGAGGAGGAGGUCAGAGCAAGUCGAGAGGAAGGAAAGCGAAUCCAAGGGACGGUCCGCAGAAUAUUUCAUUUUCACCUUCAGCUCCAACGUCGCCAUCGCAGACGAGCACUUUUUUUGUCAUCUGGAGUCCUGGAGAGUCACAAUUCAAAGCCCAGACCAGGAUUAAAAACCUGUUCCACACAAAGGUGAACGGUUCUGAGACGGACACAAAAUGUCACCACGCAUUUCCUGGCAGUCAGAAACAUUUCCUGAGGACUAACUGAUGACGCAUUUCUAAGAAUUAUUUGUCUUUUUACCACAAAUUAGUGAUAUCAUAACUGACUGUAUAAAAUCAGGUGAUAAUGACGAGGUGAUGCAUUCACAGCAUCCUUUUUUUACGUGCCUGCAGUCUGUUUCAAAACUCAGGUUAGUAAACCAACCUAUAGGCCGCUUUCAGACUGCCUCACAGUACAUACCAGUUGUUUUCUGACUGAAUGUUAUCCUCAUUUCAAUAACGAAAUGUCUUGAUGCCACCUGCUGGUGAGAUGAAGUAUUACUUUUACCUAAACUAAAAUGAAACCACACACAGCUAGAUUUUGUGUUUAUCUAGCAGAAACAUUUCAUUUGUUUAUGAGAAACAAGAAGAAAUUGCUCUCAGAUUUGUGAUUUGACAACUAUCAGGAUUGGGCCUAUUUGUUAAGCCCUUUUUUAAAGAUCAAAGUCAAAGCUAUUUCCUGAUAAUAGCUUCAGAGGACAAGAGGCCUGAAAGAGUGGUGUCCUUAUUUUAUUUCAGUAUUUUGUUUCUGUAGUAUCAACUUACUACAAUAGAUUUCAAAGUAGACCUGCUUACUGAAUAUGUGAGAACAUGUUGUAAUUGCACCUUGGUCCUAAAAUGAGAUUGAUAUGUGUGUGACAGACUUACUCCAGCAUUACACACCGACCCAAAGUUUAAAUGCAGACGUUGCACCUUUUUGUCACUCGAGGCAGGCGUGUGUUCGUCGUCUAGAGAUGCAGAAUGAUUAUUUGUUUUCGUGGUUGUCUGCUAGUCUGUUCGAUAGAAGAGACGGAGCCAAAAAGUCUUUAUAAAAUGCAAUAGAAACAUAUCGCGCCCGUUUGCUAAAAAGUAUUCUGUAACAUAGCCAUAUAUUCUUUUAGUUUUGGACCUGUUUGUCUCCGCAUGUUCAGUCUUUUUUUCUUAUAUUGGUCUGUUGAUCCGUUUUAUGCGCCUGAAUAUCGAUGACACUGCUGGUCAGUCUCUCUUAUUCAUCACUUAGUAUCCCACUAUUCCCUGUCUUUGUCUUUGAUAAUGUGAAACUCAUCUGUACUUCGUUACUUACUCUGACCGUGUGAUCCUGGUGAUGGACAAUGGCUCAAAUUAGAUGUAUUUGUCAGUGCGUUGGGCUGAUGUACAGAAGACGUUUCUGUUUAGUUAACCUAUGUGGACAAGGCUGGUUUCUUGUUAUGGAUUUAACCACACCUGCAGAAUCUAAUCCCACACACACUGUACAUUAUGAGGGAACGACCUGGAGUGAAAGGGAAAACAUCAAGGGAAAAAUUAUUGUCAAUUUUGACUAUAUUUGGAGAACGUUUGUUACUAAACAUGAAUCAAAACGCGUAUCGUUGGUCAAGCUGAUAAUGACCAAAAAAAGGUUUCAAAUUGUGAAUGACAAAUGAGUGCUCCUCACCGUUUGUGUCCCUCCUUCUAAUCUGUUUGUCCAUCACUCCGCGCAGCCAAACACUUCCCCCACUCCUCGGUUUGGUCCUUGUCUAAUAUGUUUACAUCUCUGUGCUUACUACAUUUCAAAGCUUGUAUCAAGUUCAGGGUAAAGUGUACGAGGUGCUGUCUGGGUCUCACUGUUAUCACAAAGUCCUUGAUAGCUUUGUUUUAGUGCCUUUUGGAAAAGAAAGGAGGGGAAAGUACCACAACUAAUCCAGCAACCAAAACCUAACCUAGCUCCUAAAGAACAAGGACAAGAUUUCUUUUUCUACUUUUUACUUCUAGCCGUUGGCACUUUCCUGUGUAAAGAUGAAAUGCAUGUGUGCUCAUUUCUGCACAUUUGUAACACUACAGGCAGUUUCCUGGACACGUGUUGUUUGGACUAAUGUGAGGUCUAUCAGCAGACCACCAGCGGAAACUGCUUUUUUUUAUUGUAGAUUUGAAUCCAUGUUUGGAUAAAAUGUCCCUCUGAUUCUUUUUUUUAAGGGCUAUGCAUUUGUUUAAACAGUCUUAAAUGCUCUUUUGAACAGUGUUAAAUCAUUCUGGCUCUCUAUAGUAUUAUUUUUUAUAUACAAGCCCUUAAAAAAAAAACAUUUAAAUUAAUCUUUGCAUGUAGUCCUGUAUUACAGCUUGUAAAUGUAUGUCUUUAGAUUUAAAGAUGGGGUAGGUCAUUUUGGAGAAACCAGCUUUUGAAAAUACACAGCCGGAAGAAAUCUGCCUCUUCCUUACAGAGCC